AUGCAAGCACGUCUGGAACAGUCAAGUGGACAGGUAUUAUAAGAAGCAUGAAAUAUAAAUAGUUCUGAAUCUUGUUCCACUAACCGUGUAAAGAAAGGAUGUGGGACCUGACGCAUUCAGAAUCCAAGCUUGAGAGAGGAAGCAAACACAUGUUUUUUUCCUCUCUCCUGACUUCACCAACAGUUGACUUUAAUCAUACUGAACAAGGGGUGAUCACGAUAAAGUUUGACACAGCGCGAAUUCAUUUUAGUCAUGUUUGUGUUGUUGUUGUUGUUACUAAAUCUCUAUGCGAGAGAUUUUUAGCAAGAACGACGCGACGGCAAAGAGAAAUAAGUAAAAAACGCAAAGCGUUUUAUAAGGAAACAACUUUUUCGAGUUUUUUGUUUUUUCUAUACUUUGAUGCGGUCUCAAGAAUUGAGCAACAGGAAAAUUCACCCACCCGACCACCCUGUAAGCCAGUCGAAAUAAUCGCGAUGGAGUUUGGAAAGUAACACGUUGUUAAAACACUCUUUUGUGCGUACACGAUGAAGCACUGGUAUAAAAUGAAAUCAAAUCGCAAAUUGUAAUUUUCUCCGCGCUCCUUUUAGCGCGACGGAAGCUCUCUUACACUGCACGUGUCCUGGUAAGGCGAUAAGUAGCAUGUCGGGAAUCUUUGACCCUGAGUUUAGAACUGACGACUUCUCUUCUUUCUUACCGGCUGAGCUACGAGAUCAGACAAGACAGUUAGUUGCAAAAAUUUAUGGCACCCUCCGAUCAUUGUAGUGAAUGAUGACAACUGAGGGCAAAACGUGUUCAUCUUUUUUAGAUAAUUUUCACUUAUACCGCUACUAUCAAUGAAUCACGAGUUGUGUGGACUGAACCUGGCCUUGGAAACAAUAGCCAGUCGUCAUACCUGAUGUGCCAGAUGGACUGGCACACAGUGAGAGUAAGGAAACAUGGAAGGAACAUAACCAUUAACAUGGAUGACGACCAUUACGCCAGCGGUACAAUGUUAGAUGGUACCAGCAUGAACGGGAAACUAUUUCUGGGUGGAUUUCCAGGUAAAAUAUUUACAAACCUUUCAAAGUUAUAAAAAAAGAUUAGGGAGUGCGUGCGAGAUCGAUGGAAGGUCAACAAAACGCUCUCAACGUUUGCUUUGUGUAUGUUUCACGCGAAAGGAGCUCAAAACGCGAGUGAUCAGAUUACGAGUGAUAGAAGGUUCAAACGCGCAUGAUCAGAUUGCGUUCUUUUCAUUUCGUUCAUUAUUAGUAGAAAGCCCAAACGAACGCUGGCUACAUACGUACCGCGCAUGCGUAAUAGUAACCAUGAGAUCAGGAUUGCGGGCUCCUCUGAUCGCCAGUAAUAGGCAAAAUUUAGGUUUAACUCAAAAUAAUAAAGUAAGUUUUCUCAGGAAUACGAGAACAACAGGGCAAAACGAAGGAGAGAGAUCUUUGAGGUUUUAUUCAGUUGGUGAUUGUCUUUCUUGCAGCUACUACGUCGGGAGAAAACAAUACCGUUUGGACCGGAUUUCAAGGCUGUGUCAAGUCAUUCAGUGUGGACGGGGAAAAUCUUCACUUUGCGCGAGCUGCAGACGUAUCUCACGUCUCUUUAGCCUGUCCACUGAACAACAAAGAAAAAGAGUCCAUUGUUGACAGUCGAUAAUGAUAACUCAGAAUUUAUAGUAAUAGUCGUUAAUGGACGCAGCGAAAAAAACUAAAGAACGAUGACGUAGAAGUUAUGCUGUUUCUCGGUCUAAUGAAACUGGAAAAUGAACUUUGCAUAAAUCCUACGUUGUAUUUUUGCUUUUAUUUUCUCUGGGCUAAAUUUCCGGCAAGAGAAAGCCCUGGGUUUUAACUUGGGAUUUAAUCGACGAGUGAUCUUUUUGGGACAACGAACUUACAACGAUACCAAUAAAGGGAAGGUCAACUAAAAGAUCUUCAACGUUUGUGUCGUUUUAGGUGGUCUAGCAAUGACAUUCUUUUGUUUUUUUCUUUUUAAUUGACUCA